AUGGAAUUGGUUCCAAGGGAAUUUGUUGUAUUAAAUGAAUUAACAGAAUUUAUUUCCAAGACUUUGUUAUCAGAUCCAAAGGAAAUUAUUUCAUUGGUUCCUCAGUCACCACAAGAUGGCAUAACUUCAGUAACAUUUUCACCUCAAGCAGAUUUCUUUGCUGUGACUUCAUGGGACAAUCACGUUCGAAUAUACGAAGCGAAUUCACAGACUGGCUCUGCUGUAGGCAAAGCUCUUUAUUUGCAUGAAAAACCUGUAUUUUGUUCAACUUGGAGUAAAGAUGGAACAAAAUUAUUUUCAGGCGGUGCUGAUAAUGCUGGUCGAAUGUUUGAUGUUACCACACAAUCAACAGUACAGGUAGCUCAACAUGAUCAACCAAUAAAAUCAAUAAAAUAUCUUGAUAAUAAUAAUGUAGUGUUAACAGGCGGUUGGGAUAAAAUGUUAAAGUAUUGGGAUUUACGAACUUCACAAUGUGUUAUGAAUGUUAGCUUACCUGAACGUGUUUUUGCCAUGGAUUCACUACACCCAUAUCUGGUUGUAGGUGUUUAUGAUAAACGUGUCUUUUUAUACAAUCUUAAUAACCCUCAACAACAUGUGAAGGAAACUACAAGCACUUUGAAAUGGCAAACACGUUGUUUAACAUGUUUUCCUGCUGGUAAUGGAUAUGCUGUAGGAAGUAUUGAGGGAAGAGUUGGAAUACAAUAUUUUGAUGAAAAAGAAAAUCAAGAAGGCAACAAUGUUUACUCGGUGAAUGCAAUAUCAUUUCAUCCAGUUUAUGGUACGUUCUCAACUGCCGGAAGUGAUGGCACAUUCAUCUUUUGGGAUAAAGAUUCAAAAUCACGCCUUAAAGGCUUUGCUAGCGUCGGUACACCAAUAACCGCUUCCGAUUUCAAUAGAACUGGCACUAUCUUUGCUUAUGCUGUAAGCUAUGAUUGGAGUAAAGGAUACCUUCAAUAUCCACAACUUCCUUCAAAAAAUGCAAUCUAUCUGCACGCUGUAAAAGAAGAAGAUGUUAAACCAAAGCAAUCAAAAAAACGUUAA